ACUCGACCGUCAGGAUGUCUCUCGGUCCAUCAGAAGCAAAUGUUGACAGCCUAACGGCUGAACAGCAGGAGAAUUUCGAAGAUAUCGAGAAGCAAUUUGCAGUCAAAGUGGUACAACAUAUGGAAGCAUACUGGUCGAUACUCGAGAAGAUGCGCGGAUCGACUCUGCGCCUUACGAGACUGGACAACGAAAUCUACGAGCACUUCAAGAAAGAGUUCCCCGACUUCGAUGCGAAGGCUACAAUCAAUGAGGACGAGAUGAAGAGCAAAGCGGGCAAGGAGCGGUGGCGGAACUUCAUUAACACAUAUGAGGAAAAAGUGGCGGAUUACAACUUCGGGACAAUGGUUCGGGCGAAUCCCAAGUUUGAAUACGCUGAAAAGGAUGAGGUUAUAUUUGCUGUCCGCAUGCAGUUCUAUGCGAUAGAGAUCGUCCGAAAUCGGGAAGGACUUAACGACUGGAUCUACGAAAAAGCGGAAGCCGAGAGGAAAGAAAAAGCUAGCAAGAAGUGAGCGGCAAGCUCAUGCGCCAUCAAUAUACCCUACGGCCACGUGCGGCCAUGCGACAUGAACAAAGCCGGCACGAAUAUUUCGGCCGUCAUAGUAGGUGGGCCUUUGUUCUCUCCCAAGAUCGUACAUAGAACGAGGGAGGGAGGAUCCCGCACCACGACUCUCAACCUUUUGACCUCGAGUUGUUGGAGUGGAUGUAAAUUGGGUUGACUAGUCACAUUAUGAGAUGAAUGAGUGAAGACAC